CAGCACAACAAGGUUGCUCGACACUUCUCGCCGCCUCUCCGUCGGUGUCCGUCGUGUGUUUCUGCGGAACAUAUCCGGCCUGCGUUCGGAGUUGACGAGCAGCGCCAUGGCGUCCGGAGGCCCCGUCGUCAACGGUGACCUCUCUCGCUCGCCCGGCCCGUCGUGCCCGCUGGAGGAGACCCUGCAGCAGAUGCACAUCCUCAUCCAGGAGAACCGGGAACUGAAAGAGGCCCUGCGUCAGACCAACACGUCGAUGAAGGAGCGCUUCGAGGACCUGUCCGCGUGGCGGGAGAAGCAGCUGCAGGAGCGCCACUUCCUGGAGAGCCGGCUGGAGGAGGCGCGGGGCCGCGUGGAGGAGCUGACCCUCCAGAACCAGGAGCUGGACUCGAGGAGGGAGGGGCGGGCGGGGGGGCCGCCGGCUGAAUCGCUGGCGGCGGCAUCCAAUCGGAGCAGAGCAGAGCUGGACGCCCUGCGGGCCCAGGUUGCUCGCCUGCAGGCAGAGAAGAACGACCUGGUGGGCAUGAACUCCGAGCUGCAGCUGAAGGCGGACCAGGACUCGCACGACGACUCCUUCAUUGAGAUCAUCAGGGUCUCGGAUGAAGGCGUCGACGCCGUGAACGGUGCGUGUAGUUUGGAGCGCGCCCGGCGUCCGGACCUGAGCAUGACGGCGUCCCGCCUGGAGAGCGAGGAGAUGACCGUCAGCCAGCUGCUCCAGUCGCUGAGGAACAAGACGCAGCGGGCCGAGCGGCUGCAGGCCGAGCUCCGGUCCUCCGCCGCCAGGAUGAGAGAGCUGGAGGAGAGGAAGGCGGGCGUGGAGAAAGCAACGCAGGCCCCCCAGGCCGAGACCAAGGAGGAUUCUGGGAAAGGGGAAAAUGCAGCGUCUGAGGUGGAGAGUCUGAAGUCUCAGACGACGACGCUGUGCAAGGAGCUGCAGCAGGCCCAGAGCCAGCUGGACCAGGCGGAAGGCAUGAAGAAGAACCUGCAGGACAGAUGGCGCGAGGUGGAGCAGGAUGUGGUCACUCUGAGGGCUCAGCUGGUGGAGAAGCAGGCCGUUCAGACGGAGAACGACCGGCUGAAGCUGCAGGUGGACAGCAUGCAGGCCCAGAGCCUGAUGGAGCAGAGGAAGAGCGGCGAGGAGAGGAACAACCUGACCCAGCUGAAGGACGCCUACACCAAGCUGUAUGAAGACUACAACGAGCUCCUGGAGGAGAAGAAGAAGAGAGAGUCUGUGCUGGUGCAGAAGGCGGCGGUGGGCGAUCUGCAGGACCGGCUGAGCGCCGCCGAGGAGGCCCUGGCCGCGAAGCAGAGGCACAUCGACGACAUGAAGCAGGAGAUGUUCAGCAAGGAGGAGGAGCUGCAGACGAUAUCCGUGUUCCAGGCUCAGGCGGAGGUCUACUCCUCGGACUUCUACGCCGAGCGAGCGGCGAGGGAGAAACUCCACGAAGAGCGGGAGCGCCUGGCGGCUCAGCUGGAGUACGUGAAGAAGCAGAACGGCCAGCUGCAGGAGGAGCUGGACUCGCUGGGCAGGCAUUCGCUGACGGAGAUGCAGAAGAGACACGUGUCGCUGGGAGGGAAUCCACACGGCGGCAGCCUGGUGGGAAGAGGUACCAGCUGGCAGCAUCAGGGCAAUAUUCCCGAACACGCCUGUCCCAAGUGCGACGAGAUCCUGCCGGACCUGGACUCCCUCCAGAUCCACAUCAUGGACUGCAUCAACUGAAGUCCCCCGCGGCGCCAGCAGGGGGCGCCAUCAGCGCCGUUAAUCUGAGUCUUCCUCUGCUUUUUUUUUUACCCUGCAGCUCUUCUCAACUUCACAGUAGCUUUCACUUCACACCAUUUACACUUUUCUCUGAGUCUCUCUGGUUUGUUAAAUUUGAGAAUUCCUUCGUGAAGAUUUGAUAUCCGAACUAAAUAUUUGUCGGACUCAUCUCGCAGGUUGUCACGAAGAUAACUUUGAUAAGAUUUAUAAUUUGUCGUUGUCUGCCGGUCAUGCAAACUAAUCGAACGUGUGCACGACGGGCAGAACACGCCAAACGAAUGACAUGUGGGAAGAUCUUUCCACUCGUAUCUUGGUUGUUGGCACCAUGUAGGCAUAUGUAAUAUGAUUAUAUAGAUAUAGAUGCAUAUAUCUAUAUCUAUGUAUUUUAUUCAGAAGAUACCUGUUAAUUAUGAUGUAAUAUAUUUAACUCGUCAUUAAUCUGUACGCACCAGCCUUUAUACUUCGACGUGCAGGAGGCUGCAACACCCUGCACUCAGACUACAUGUUGUACUGAUAAUGAAAAUAAAAUAUGCAAAUUUC